CCAAGUGCGAUGGCCGGACUUGCUUUAGUCGUUUUUCUUCUGGUGAGGAGUGCAAAUUGUGCUUUCUUCGACUUGACGGAUGUUGACGAUCCUUUAUCGCUGCUCUGGCAUACCAAGGAUUCGAUUACUCCACCCAAAAGCUCAUGCAGUGUCAUUCUGGACGAUGGCACAUCCAUAACGGGGACUUGCAAGCACAAAGCUCAGUGUUUGUUAUCGGGAGGACAGGUUCAUUUUAAUGGACAGUGCGGAUUUUUUACAACCUGUUGCACUCAAAAAACGGACUGUUCGCGUAAAACUCGAUCAAAAGUGUCCCAUUUUACCAACCCUGACAGCAUAGUCACAGAGUGUGAAUAUGUAGUAGAGGCCGAAAAUGACAAUAUUUGUCAAAUGAGGAUAGAUUUUGAAACCUUCCAACUAUCCCCUUCAGAAAGGCGCCCCCUUCCACCCAUCAACCCAACCAACCAAGUCUAUCACAGAAUUUGUCGUGCAGACUUCUUGACCAUUACCCCCAAAACUUACUACACAUCUGAAUAUUUCUGCGGCAAUAAUGACAACCAACAUGUUUACGUACAUUUAAACAAACAGAGACAAGUAACCCUGCACAUGCACUUGGCAAACAGAAAUCUUACGCAAGACCCUAACGUUAUACCCAACCCCCGUUGGAAAAUCAAGAUAACUCAACUGGAGUGCCCAGGCCUUUCAAAUUUUUUCACCAAGCAUAAGAACUUCAACGCCCAAACUGAUUUUAAACUAUUGGCCCCGGAAGGUGCAACUCAGUAUUUUAUGGCCCAAAGUGGUCGAAUUAGAUCUUUCGGGUUCGAUGGUGCCACCCAAAGUGAAUAUAUCAGCGGUCUUAAUUACUCCAUCGCCUUUAAAAUCAAUCCACGAGUUAAUUGUAUUAGGUUUACCACGAAUUACAUAACUUUGCGGCAAAGUCUCGAAACUGCUGAUCCUGGAUUUUGUAUAGACUAUUUAUUUAUUCCAGAACUAGUGACUGAAACGACUGAUGUUACUAAUUACGACUCGAAAGUAUGUUCCAGGCUUGUAACAGUUCCGCAAACUCCGCAAAUUUUUUACUCUCAUGGACCUGGGCCGUUCCUUAUUCAUUUUGUGUCACAAACUUCGUUCACGGAAGCUCCUCUUCUGAAUUUAGUACAUGCUUUUGAUAUCAACUAUGAAAUAACUUCUUGUAAUUGAGUAUUAAUCACGUGAAUAACUAGCUGUAAGAUUGUGUCUCUUCGAUAACUGUUAAUUAAAAUAAAUUAUUUUUAAAUAA